AUGUCAUCGACCGGUGAAGGAAAAAGUCCAAUUAGAAUUUUGAUUACAGGUGCAGCUGGACAAAUAGCAUAUUCACUUUUGUAUCAAAUAUGUAGUGGAGAUGUAUUUGGACAAGAUCAGGAAGUAAUUGUGAAUUUAUUAGAUAUUACUCCUAUGUUAGGCGUUCUUCAAGGUGUGGUCAUGGAAAUUGAAGACUGUGCAUUGCCACUUGUUAAAGGUGUUUUUCCAAUGGAUAAAGAAGAUGAGGCAUUCAAAGAUGUUGAUGUUGCUAUAUUUGUUGGAGCAAUGCCACGUAAAGAAGGAAUGGAACGAAAAGAUUUACUAAGUGCUAAUGUUAAAAUAUUCAAAUCACAAGGAAUAGCAAUAGAAAAAUUUGCCAAAAAAACAUGCAAGAUACUUGUGGUUGGCAAUCCAGCUAAUACCAAUUGUUUCAUACUAGCACAAAAUGCACCAUCAAUUCCACGUGAAAAUUUUACUUGUUUAACGAGAUUAGAUCAUAAUCGUGCCAUUGGUCAAAUAGCAUCAAAAUUGAAAAUAUCUCCAAAACUAGUUAAAAAUGUUAUUAUUUGGGGUAAUCAUUCGUCAACCCAAUUUCCUGAUGCACGUUUUGCAACUGUUAAAGCUAAUGAUAAAGAAAUGCCAGCUUAUGAUGCACUUAAAGAUGAUAACUGGUUGAAAAACGAUUUUGUUUCGAUCGUUCAAAAACGUGGUGCUGCAGUCAUAGCGGCUCGUAAACUCUCAUCAGCAAUGUCAGCGGCUAAAGCUAUUUGCGAUCAUAUGCGUGAUUGGUGGUUUGGAACAAAAGAUCAUGAAUGGGUCUCAAUGGGUUUAAUUAGCGAUGGUUCGUACGGUAUCGAAAAAGGCCUUGUCUACAGCUAUCCUGUUCAAAUUAAAGGUGGUAAAAUUUCAAUUGUUCAAGAUUUAAAAACGGAUGAUUGGUCACGUGAUUUAAUGGAUAAAACACAAAAAGAAUUAGUCGAAGAAAAAAAUGAUGCAUUGAAAGCAACAUCUAAUUAA